AUGCAUCACGUUCACUUUUGUAUUCAUCGACACGGUAUGUUAACGUGCUGUUUGUUUCUAACAUGCAAAUUGAACGACCAACAUAAAUUAUUAUACGUGGAUCAACUACGGUUGUGCGAUUGGAUCUACAUUUAAACGCUGUCAAUAAAAUCCGUAUACCUACUAUUGUGAUGUUAAAUGUGGUAUAUAUUUUUUUAUAAAUUAUAAAUAUUGUUUGGUUUUUGUAAAAAUGAAUCAUUUGGCAUUGGUUAAUGGUGUUUUGUUUUGCCUUGUUAUCCAACAAUUAGAAGCUUACAAAAGUUGAACCUAAAGCUGGAUUUAGCGCAAAGUUGCAAGGGUACGUGCAAACGUUGAAAGACAAUUUUCCUAACAUAAUAUUUGGAAUUAAUAUAGACUGGGUGACCUAUGAGCAUUUUGGCGAUAUUGCUUAUUAUGAUUUUCAUUACCUAAAUAUGGUAGCAGACUUUUUUGUUCUUAGAUUGGAUCAAAUGAACGAGUGCACCCAUGACUUUCUUGAUGGUAUAAAUCCGUUAGAUAGUUCAGAACAAAACGAAGAUGUAAUAACUAUAAAAAAUAUUUUAGAAGCAAUUGAAGAAAGUUCAAUAAAUCGAGACAAACUGUACUUAUACUUGGAUUAUUCUCCGUCAGUAAUAGAAUUGUAUGAUGAUGGAAGCUAUGCAACUCUAUGCAAGGGUUAUGAAGAGGUUUGUAAAUCCCAAACACAAACAUGCGACUGGUGUUCGGAUUCUCUGGAAUCCCUUAACAAAAAAGGAACAUACAUGAGACAACAUUCCAAAGGAUUAGUUUUAUCGUUCAUCGAUUUAGAUGCUUAUGAUGAUAAAUGGUGUGAUUGCAAGAAAUCAUUCCCUGGAUUCUACGCAAUUUUAGAUGGUUGGAAUGGUGUUCCUGUUGAUAGCAUGCAGCAAUGUCCUUUAUUUGAUAAGAAUGAUAUUUGUUAAACAAGGGGUUGCAUUACACCUAUUGUACUUAGUUUUAUAUUCGGUUCGUUUUAUAAUUCAAUAAAAAUGUAUUAUGUUAAUUAAAAUACUAUUUACAGUGUAAGACAUUUUAGAAUUGACUAAUUAUUAUUUACUCUAGUAAUCUUAAUUUUACUUCACUGAUUUUUAUAAAGUUUAUGGCCAAAUUAGCAACAUAAUAUUAAUAAUU